AUGGAGGCUGCACCAGCCAACGCAGAUCAGCACUGCGAUGAUGACUAUGAACUGCCGGCCGCAUAUCUCCGCUUCAUUGACAAGCGCAUCAUAGCCAACGCCCUCUGUCUUCAGAAUGAUUCGGAGAACUUUGCUUCACGAAACCACUGUGAAGUCUACGUGAUUGUCUAUGAACCGUCCGUCAACCACGUCUACGUCAGAGAUCGCAAGUCCGUCAAUGGAACGUUUGUCAACGGCCAGCUCAUUGGCAGCGGCCCGCAGAUAACCCCUGGAUAUCUCUUGGAAGACGGCGAUGUCAUUGAGAUUCAACCUCAUUGGAAGUUCCUCUUCCGCCAACCUCGAAAGCCACCCACUCGGCCGCUGACCGCCAUCCAGACAGCAGAAUGCCAGUUCUUCAAAAAUGAGUAUCUCAUAACGCCACGAUGCCUCGGCAGCGGUGCAGAGGGAGCUGUCUACUUGGCCAUCGAAUCCAAGACCAAGCGGCAGCUGGUCUGCAAGCUCGUCAACCUGGGCAAGCAGGAUGGCACGAUGCCACGAGAAGAUUCUUAUCGAAAGCUUCAGGAAAUUGACGUCCUUCGACAGCUCAAACAUCCCAACAUCCUGCCCUACAUUGACGCCGUCGUUUCCCCACAUACUCUGUACAUUUUCACAGAGCUUGCCGCUGGUGGUGAUCUUGUUUCCUUCAUCAAUCGUCACGAGUUUAUCCAGGAGAUUGACUGCAGAGUUCUUCUUCGACAGGUUGUGCGCGGUCUCGCUUAUCUUCACAGAAAAGGCAUCAUCCACAGAGACUUGAAACCGGAAAACAUCCUGCUGGCAUACUCACCCAAGAUAGCUUAUCAUCGAAUCAUGCUGUCCGAUUUUGGGGCUUGCGCUGUUCCUCGUCGAAGCCGAAUGAUGACUGAUAUUGGCACCUUUGAGUACAAGGCUCCUGAGGUCUUCUUUUCGGCCGCGGAAGCCCAAACAACGGCGCUUGAUAUGUGGUCCCUUGGCCUCGUCACCCUAAGAAUGCUGACCUUUGAUGUGGAGUGCUUUGGAAGCCUGACUCGCAUGGACCAGAAAUCCCUUGAGCAGAUGGUCAACACAAUGAUUGAAGACAUAUCGCCAAAGCGCUCCUCCAACAGCCAACGGUUUGUCUUGGCAUGCCUCCAACUGGCCCCAAUGAACAGGAUCACUGCUGCCGAAGCAGAGUGUCACGAUUGGUUCUGCACCCCGCAGAAACAUUUCGAAUUCUUUCAGCAGCUCGAUCAACGGUGUCAAACCGAGCUGACCGAUGAUGAUACUCACCUCAAGCCGAUGCCCUGGGAUUUGGCCAGUCUUCAGCCCCUUUCGCCUGCUCCAACACCUGCCAAAGCUUCUGCUACUACUUCUGGUGGUAGCGGCCUCAGGCUUAUGCGUUGGGCCUCUCCAUCCUGCGUCGAGACAUCGGGACACUUGGGGGGUGCUCAGGAGAGCGGCCAAGCGGCCAAGUCUGGACCGCUGCCAGGAUUGUCGUCCCCUCAAGGAUCUGGUCCGCUAACCCCCAAACUUCAACUGACAAAGGAGAUCCCAGAUACCACCCAGAAUGCGAAGCAGAGCCUGGUUACGCCGCAGCGUGAUGGUGAUGCUGGAAAUCGCAGACCAGAGGUCCGGAUCCUGACAUCUCGUCAGCUACGAAUCUGUGAUGUGCUUCAGCUUCCUCUUCCUGAUCUCAAUAGGCACUUGAAGCAAGCACGCAACGAGCAUCGCAGAGAAGAAGUGCUGGCAGAACUCAAGCGGCUGAAUGCCAAGUUUCUGACUGAUACUAUGCAGGCUAUCGUGGAAAGUGAAGACGCUGGAGCUGAGGGACGCCGAGGCUAA